AUGGGCCAGCUGAUCGAGCACAUAGGUCAGUCUGGUCCAAGAUCGCUGAGAAUAAGAAAGAAUUCCGUGGUGGCGGACGCAAUCAAUGGAUCCACUUGGAGACUCCCUCACCCAAGAUCUCAAAAGGAAGUUGAACUUCAUACUUACCUCACUACUAUUAUUUUGCCUUUACCUAUGAAUGUGAAUGAUGAGUAUGAAUGGAUUGCUGGUGAUUCUCAGUUGCGUAUUUUCAGGUCUGCCACCACUUGGGAGGUGCUGAGACCGCGAGAGGAUGUUAAAGACUGGGUGGACGUUGUCUGGUUCAAAGGAUGCAUUCCGAAGCACGCGUUCAUUAUGUGGGUUGCUAAUUAUGAUAGACUGUCGACGAGGUCAAGACUGGUUGCUUGGGUAGUCCCUAUCUCGCCUUUGUGUCCAUUGUGCUCUACCUAUGAUGAAACAAGAGACCACCUGAUGCUGCCCUGCAACUACAGCAGGGAAGUCUGGCGUGAGGUCCUCCACAGAUGUCAACCUCCGUCAAUAAUGUUUACAACCUGGGCUGAGCUCCUAUCUUGGAUACGAUCUUCACAAUCAAAAAGGCUUACACUAUUGAGGAAGUUGGCGGUGCAAACAGUCAUCUUUCAUCUGUGGAAGCAAAAGGAACAAUUUGGUGCAUAA